GAUCGUUCGCUUUAGAGCGGAUCCGCUCGACGUGUGAGUGAUUUCGGAACCCGGAGCGCGGUUUCAAGUCUCAGAGAGAUGAACUUAGAGAGUGACUGCAGCAUGUCAGUCAGUUGUGGCAAUGGGAAGCUUAGACAAUGGCUGAUUGAUCAGGUUGACAGCGGAAAGUACCCUGGAUUGGUUUGGGAGAAUGACGAGAAAACAAUUUUCAGGAUCCCCUGGAAGCACGCGGGCAAACAGGACUAUAACAGAGAUGAGGAUGCAGCGCUUUUCAAGGCCUGGGCGCUCUUCAAGGGGAAGUUCAGAGAGGGCAUUGAUAAACCAGACCCCCCAACUUGGAAAACCAGGCUCCGAUGUGCCCUGAACAAAAGCAAUGACUUUGAGGAGCUGGUGGAGAGAAGUCAACUGGACAUUUCAGAUCCAUACAAAGUGUACAGAAUUAUACCUGAAGGUGCAAAGAAAGGGUCUAAGCACUUUGUUCUGGAAGAAUCCAAAACGCACAUGAGCUCCCUGUCCUAUUCCAUGCACCCAUCGUACCCCUCGCUGCAGGCACAGGUGCCCAACUACAUGAUGCCCCAUGAACGGCCCUGGAGGGAGUAUGUCCCCGAGCAGCCGCCACAUCCGGAGCUCCAGUACGGCCAGUGCCCCUACCCACCCCGCAGCCUGUCCUGGCAGGGGCCGCCCGUCGAGAAUGGAUACCAGAUAACGGGGUCGUUUUACGCCUGCUCGCCCACCGAUGCCCAGCCUCCAUCUGCCUUUUCCCUGGACCCUGGAAUGAGAUCUGCAGAGGCCAUGGCCCUUACUGAUUGCCGCCUGCAUAUCUCCCUGUUCUACCGUGAGUCCCUAGUGAAGGAGGUGACCACCACUUGUCCCGAGGGCUGCCGCAUCUCCUCCUGCCCAGAUGACAAGCUUUAUGGAGGUGUGGAGCAAGUGCUCUUCCCCUUCCCCUACCCUCAGUCACAACGCAAGGGUGUGGAGAAGCUGCCCAAUGCCCUGGAUCGCGGCGUGCUCCUGUGGCUGGCACCAGAUGGCCUGUAUGCCAAACGUCUCUGUCAGAGCCGCAUCUAUUGGGAGGGGCCGCUGGCCCCCUACACGGACAGGCCCAACAAACUGGAGAAGGAGCAGCCUUGCAAGCUCUUUGACACCCAGGAGUUCCUGGCAGAGCUCCAGGGUUAUGCUCAUCAUGGACGCCCCAUGCCCAGGUUCCAAGUUGUGCUUUGUUUCGGAGACGAGUAUCCGGACCCCCAGAGGCAGAGGAAGAUGAUCACAGCUCAGGUGGAACCCAUGUUUGCCAGGCAUCUCUUCUACUUCACCCAGCAAACCAGCACACCUUACAUUCGAGGAUAUGAGCUACCGGAACAUGGACUGUCCCCUGCUGAGGACUACCAGAGGGUUAUCCACCAUAACGGCCUGCAGGAGUGACCUACCCCUGUCGAGGAACUGCUAAUUCUAGAAUGGACUGAAAAAGAGCGGAAGUUAUUCAGGACUCGUGUUCCCUCCAUUUCUCAGAGCUGAGAUUCAUGCGCUGUUCACUUGCAGCAUGGAAGCCGCCUAAAGCAGACUGUGGACUCCGGCUCCGGCUCACACCCUUGUUAGGGUCGAAUGUAUUUGAGUGGGGGCAGGCUUGAUCGCUCUCUGUGUGCAACAUUUUCUGGGGGUUAUCAGGAUCAUGGAGACCUGGUGACAUAGGGGAGGAAGUCUUCAAGCUGUAUGUCUGACGUCUGCACUGUAUAUAUUCGCAAGAUCACAUGUUUCUGUUUUGCAUUGUGUUUGCAGCUGUGUAUAUUUUUGUACUGAAUGUAGCUUGUGCUAAUUUUGUAAAUAUUUGAUGCCAGAAAGACUCCCUCUCACUGGAUUUAACCAAAAAAGACUGACAUUGUACAAAAAGGAAAUUGGAAAAACACGAAAGGACAAUCAUGUGUUGUACAUAGGGUGGUUAUCCAGUUUUUAUAUUAAAGGACAUUCAUAAUGUA